AACAGUUAAGAGGGGUGGCCCAACGCAGCUCACAGCGGCCAAAGCAAACCCACCGGGUCUGCGGAGUGGGCCUGGCAGCACGGUGACCCACCCAGGAGUGGAAAGCCAUCAGACCGGCAGACCUGGAGGGUUUGAGCCAGAAGUUCGGGUUCUGGAAGGAACGGCUCAAAUUCGUACCUGGUCUCCAAGUUCAGCUUUCUGUGGGCUGUAGGAUCAAUAUGUCAACAGAACUCUACUCGCUGGUGGUGCAAACAUCUCACCCAGACUUGGUCAUUGAUGCAGGAGUGGUGACUCUUGGGGAGGAAAACAGAAAAAAACUGGACGCGAUGAGGAGAAGGGAGGAGAAGCUGAGACUUGCUCAGGCUUCAUGUGCUCUGCUGAACUCAGGAGGAGGGGUGAUCAAGAUGGAAAUGGCCAACAAGGAUGAGCAUCCUGUGGAGUUGGGGCUGGAUUUGGAAAAGUCACUCAGAGAGCUUAUUCAGUCUUCUGAUUUACAAGCUUUCUUUGAGACCAAGCAACAAGGGAGGCAACUUUACAUUUUUGUUAAAUCUUGGAACUGCAGUCCUGAAGAUGGUUCCACUAAGCCUCGCAUUUGUAGCCUGAGUUCUUCCUUGUACCGUCGAUCAGAAACGUCUGUGCUUCCCCUGGAUUCAAGAGAAGCAUUCAGUUUUCUGAAGAAAAAGAAAAGCAGUGUAAAAUGCAGUCUGAUGGAGAACGGAGCCCCACCUAGGAAAAAUCUCAGAGCUGAAUGUCAGGACAUCUCUGAAUUAGAUCGUGCUUUGAAAAUUUUCCAACGUGAAAGGAUUGAUUAUGGUCAUAAGUUGGCUUUUUCUGAAUCUACAUCUAUAGAGUUUAAACAGUUCUCUACAAAAUGUAUUCAAGAAUAUGUAGCGCGUAUAAUUCCAGAGUACAUCCCUGCAUUUGCAAAUACUCGUGGAGGCUACCUUUUCAUUGGAGUGGAUGAUAAGAGUAAGAAAGUCUUGGGAUGUAAAACAGAACUUGUUGACCGUGACUCUUUGGAGACAGUGAUAGCAGAAGCAAUAUCCAAGUUGCCCAUUGUCCAUCUCUGCUCCUCUGAAGCAGGAGUGUCCUUCAGGACCAAAUUCAUAGAUGUGUAUCAAGAGAAAAAUGUGUGUAGUUACCUCUGUGCGAUCAAAGUGGAGCCGUUCUGCUGUGCAGUGUUCUCAGAAGCUCCCAAGUCAUGGAUGGUGAACAAGGAGAAGGGCGUCUACCGCCUGACAGCUAAGGAGUGGGUGGGCAUGAUGAUGGACGCUGACCCAGAGGCAGCGGCUGAUCAGCCAUCUCACCACCCCAGAAGCCUAGCAGAAGACUUUGAAUGUCAGCUGAGUCUGUCUACUAGCCCUCCAUGCUGCAGACCAGUGUAUUCUAGGAAAGGUCUGGAACAUAAAGCCAACCUCCAACAAUGUUUAUUUCCAGUGUCACCAGGAUGUUUGCAAUAUAUUCCUGAUUCCCUCUGGAAAGAGCUGUCCUCAGAGCACCAGGGUCUAGAGACCUUAAUAAGCCAGGAAAUCCAUUCUUUCUCCUGCCAAGUGCUGAUCUUCUCUAGAAGCUGGGCCAUGGACCUGGACUUGAAAGAGAAGCAGGGAGUCAUCUGUGAUGCUCUGCUGAUUGCAGAGGACAGCCCCCCCAUCCUCUACACCAUCCUCGGGGAGCAGGAUGCAGGGGGUCAGGACUACUGUACCCACACUGCCUUUACCCUGAAGCAGAAGCUAGUGAACACUGGGGGCUAUACUGGGAAGCUAUGUGUCAUGACCAAAGUCCUCUGCCUGAGUCCCCAGAGCACUGCAGCUUCCACAGAGGGGUCAGCCUGUCCCAUCCAUUACCCCAGCUCCUAUAACCUUGCAGACACCCAGGAAAUGGAGGCCUUGCUUCAGGCCCUCGUGCUGGUCUUGCUCAGCUUCAGAUCUUUCCUGAGUGACCAGCUUGGCUGUGAGAUUUUAAACCUGCUCACAGCCCAACAGUAUGAGAUACUUUCAAAAAAUCUCCAUAAGACCAGAGACCUGUUUGUCCAUGGCUUGCCGGGGUCAGGGAAGACAGUCAUGGCCCUGAAGAUCAUGGAGAAGAUCAGGAACACAUUCCCUUGUGAGACAAACAGAAUUCUCUACAUCUGUGAAAACGAGCGUUUGAGGGACUUUAUCAGUUCAAAAAAUAUCUGCAAAGCAGUGACCAGGAAGACCUUCAUGAUAAAGGAGUACCAUAAUAUUCAACACAUCAUCAUUGAUGAAGCUCAGAAUUUCCGCACUGAAGAUGGGGACUGGUAUGAGAAGGCAAAAGCCAUCACUCAGAGAGAACAAGAUUGUCCAGGCAUUCUCUGGAUCUUUCUGGACUAUUUUCAGACCAGCCACUUGGAUGUUAGUGGCCUCCCUCUUUUCUCCCGCCAGUAUCCGAGAGAAGAGCUCACAAGAGUGGUGCGCAAUGCAGACAACAUAGCCAGGUACCUACAAGAAGAACUGGAGGAAGUCAGAAACAAGCCCCCACCCAACCUCCCUCCUGGGUCCCUGGGGAUGCUCCGUGAGUUUAACUGGGCCCAGGGUGUGUCAGGGAGCGUUGAGAUUAAGAGCAUGAGUUUGAAGACGAUGAUGACCUAUGUAGCAGGGAAAUGCCAGUUUUUCUUGAGUAAUGGCUAUUCUCUCCGAGAUAUCGCUGUGCUUUUCAGCACAGUAAAUGAUGUGCAGUACUAUAAAGACAUGUUCCUGAAAGAAAUGAGGAAGAGGAAAAUGUCUUGCAAUAACAAUGAGCUCAUUUAUAACCAUGACAUGUUUGACAGUGUCCGUCGAUUUUCAGGCCUGGAAAGAAGCAUUGUGUUUGGCAUUGAUCCUCGGGCAGCUGAGCCCGCCAUUUUCCACAACCUUCUGCUCUGCCUGGCUUCCAGGGCAAGGAAACAUCUGUAUAUCCUGAGAUUUUCUAGUCUUCUCCUGUAGUUUUUGACUGACUAUUCUUCAUCAGAAAUAUAUGAUUUCUAACAACAGAAUCUUUUAAGAGAACAGACAUUUUCUGUUUAAAAAAAAAAAAUCUAAUUCCAGGAAAGGAAGAUGACAAAUAACACCGAGGUACAGUCUUCCAGAUUCUCACAGGGAUAAUCUGAAGAAAAUGAGGUGGGGAUAUUAGAAGUGGGUGAUGCCAAAUGUCGUCGACUUUUAUUUUUUAUAUAUUUAUUUCUUUACAUUUGGUCUUUUUGAGACAGGGUCUCCCUGUAGCCUCAGCUGGCCUGGAACUUACUAUGUAGACCAGGAUAGCCUCGAUCUCAUAGGGAUCCACCUGCUUCUGCCUCCCUAGUGUUGGGAUUAAAAGUGUGUAUCACCACACCCUGCUUUGGUGACUUUUUAGUAGCAGUAUAAAGCAGAAAACUUUAAAAAGCAGGAGAGGAAAUCCAGAGUCUGUCCUGGAAGGAUUGGCUCAGUUUAGAGCACUCCCAGCUCACAGGGAGAAGGACUGCUAAUCAAAGAUGCCAGAGACACAGCUCAAGAUAGACUUGGAAAAUCUGUGUGGUGUUUUCAGUAACAAAAUUUUACAAAGAAAAGGCCUAUACAAGAGGUAGAUGACAAUACUUCCAGAUGGUACUUUCUUUCUCUGCACCUGACCCGAACAUUUACAGAUUACCAUUUCAGAAACACCCCUGCUGGGUGUGGGAGAUGGCUCAGUGGGUAGGUGUAUGGGAGAUGGC